AUGCGAGGAUGCCUGCAGUUAGCCAGAUGGCUGAGCGCUGCACCGAAAGGCACAGCUGCAAGCCUUAUCAGGGCGCCAUUCGUCCUUGCUAACGCUCCCCGAUUUUUCACCAGCUCCGCUUCUCGCGCCGGAUCGAGAUCAACCGCUACAAAGCCGGUAUCCAACCUCGAGAACAGAAUAGCAGCGAUUCCAAUCGAGCGAUACCGAAACUUUUGCAUCGUCGCCCAUGUCGACCAUGGCAAAAGCACACUUUCCGACCGCCUGCUCGAACUCACAGGGACGAUUGAGCCCGGCUCGAACAAACAAGUGUUGGACAAGCUCGACGUGGAGCGGGAACGUGGCAUCACCGUGAAGGCGCAAACCUGCUCGAUGAUAUACAAUCACAAUGGUGAAGACUAUUUAUUGCACCUGGUUGAUACUCCGGGCCACGUGGACUUCCGUGCAGAGGUAUCGCGCAGUUAUGCCAGUUGCGGAGGAGCAUUGCUCCUGGUCGACGCCAGUCAAGGAAUCCAGGCACAGACCGUUGCGAACUUCUACCUCGCUUUCGCGCAGGGCUUGGAAUUGAUUCCAGUCAUCAACAAGGUAGAUUUGCCCUCGGCUGAACCAGAGCGAGCUCUUGAGCAGAUGAAGAAUUCCUUCGAGCUCGACACCGAGAAAGCAGUGAUGGUUUCAGCCAAGACUGGCCUCAAUGUUGAAAAGUUACUUCCGACAGUUAUUGAGAAGAUCCCAGCCCCCAUCGGCGAUUGCCAGAAGCCCCUGCGAAUGUUACUCGUCGACUCCUGGUACGAUUCCUACAAAGGCGUAAUCUGUCUGGUCCGCAUCUUCGACGGUGAAAUUCGAGCGGGCCAGCAGGUCGUGUCGUUUGCGACGGGUCUCAAGUACUAUGUUGGCGAGGUUGGAAUCAUGUAUCCAAACGAAACACCACAGAGCGUGCUCCGUGCAGGCCAAGUUGGAUACAUCUACUUCAACCCUGGUAUGAAACGAAGCAAAGAAGCGAAGAUUGGUGACACAUUUACAAGGGUCGGGUUUGAGAAAGCCGUUGAACCGCUUCCGGGCUUUGAGGAGCCCAAGUCGAUGGUUUUUGUGGCGGCUUACCCGGUGGAUGCAGACCAUUUUGAGCACCUGGAAGACAGUAUCAACCAGCUCGUACUUAACGACAGGAGUAUCACCGUGCAGAAGGAGUCGUCAGAGGCUCUUGGCGCCGGCUUCAGACUGGGAUUUCUUGGCACACUGCACUGUUCUGUGUUUGAGGAUCGCUUGCGUCAGGAGCACGGUGCUAGCAUCAUCAUCACACCUCCAUCAGUACCUGUCAAGAUCAUUUGGAAGGACGGAAAAGAAGAGAUCAUUACCAGCCCUGCCAAAUUUCCGGAAGACGAAGAAUUGCGCUCUAAGGUGGCUGAGAUCCAAGAGCCCUACGUCCUGGCUACACUGACCUUCCCCGAGGAAUACCUUGGCAAGGUCAUCGAACUUUGUGAGGCAAACCGAGGCGAGCAGAAGAGUUUAGAGUAUUUCACAGCGACGCAGGUUAUUCUUAAGUAUGAGCUGCCUCUUGCUCAACUGGUCGAUGACUUCUUCGGCAAGCUCAAGGGAUCCACCAAAGGCUACGCAAGCCUGGAUUAUGAGGAGUCCGCUUGGCAAACAGGGAACAUCGUCAAGCUGCAACUCUUGGUUAAUAAGGCGCCUGUCGAUGCUGUUGCUCGCCUCGUCCACUUGAGUCAAGUGGAAAGGCUCGGACGACAAUGGGUGACCAAAUUCAAGGAGCAUGUCGAUCGACAACUGUUCGAGGUCGUGAUCCAGGCGGCUGUUGGUAAAAAGAUUAUCGCCCGAGAGACGGUCAAACCCUACCGAAAAGAUGUCUUGGCCAAGCUCCAUGCUAGUGAUGUCAGUCGGCGCCGGAAACUGCUGGAGAAGCAGAAAGAAGGACGAAAGAGACUGAGGGCUGUUGGAAACGUGGUGAUUGAGCACAAGGCGUUCCAGGCCUUCCUCGCCAAAUAA